AUGCACGCCCAAGAGAAGGGCUGCCAUCCUUUCACCUCAGAUCAAGCUAGACGACGCGCUCUGGAUCCUAGCCCCCGCUCUGAUUUGGCCACAACAAUUAUUGCAAAACGCGGCCAAGUGAUUCGUUUAUUAAACGACACCAACUCCGCACCUGAAGGUGUCAGCCGCUGCUACAAGGCUUUACGAAGCUAUCUCAAACAUCAAGCCGUGCAAUGUACCAUGUAUAGUUUUUGGCAUUCAACCCCACGACGACACCAGCAGCCUGUAAAUGUUUUGCUGGAUGCUUUUGUCGGAACAAUGCCUGCCCCCCACCAUCUCAUCCCAAGGUCAAUCGCAACCUGGCAUAGUUAUCGCUAUGCACUUGCAUCCAAUCGCUGA